UGAUUGGAAUAUAACCUGAUCCAAAAUAUACCUCCCUCAUCUCCUCCACAAACUAUCCAUCAGGCCCACGCGCAAAUAUGUGGCUGGCCAUUCCCCUUAUUUGCAGCACUUGAUUUCAUUUGUUUCCAGCACUAGCUUGUUUCUCUAUUCCUCCAAACCCAAUUUUUUGAGCACCCAACUGCUCAUCUCGAUACGGUACACAAGUGAGAUGGCUACAGUACCAGUGCUGUCAUCUUCAUCGAUCACCUCUUCUGCGGAAGCUGCAAGGCAGAUCUUUGCUGCAAGACCAGCACAAUCUUCAUCCCAGAAAGUUUCCUUCGUUGUCAAGGCUGCUUCCACUCCACCUGUUAAGCAAGGAGACAGACAAUUGUGGUUUGCUUCUAAACAGAGCCUUUCUUACUUGGAUGGCAGCCUUCCAGGCGACUUUGGUUUUGACCCCUUGGGACUUUCCGACCCUGAAGGAACCGGAGGAUUCAUCGAGCCCAAAUGGCUAGCCUAUGGAGAGAUCAUCAAUGGUCGUUUUGCCAUGUUGGGUGCAGCAGGAGCUAUAGCCCCUGAGAUUUUGGGAAAACUUGGGCUCAUUCCAGCUGAAACAGCCUUGCCAUGGUUCCAAACAGGAGUCAUUCCUCCAGCAGGAACUUACAACUACUGGGCUGAUGGCUACACACUCUUUGUCCUAGAAAUGGCUCUCAUGGGAUUUGCAGAGCACAGGAGAUUACAAGACUGGUACAAUCCAGGAUCAAUGGGAAAACAAUAUUUCUUGGGCUUAGAGAAAGGCCUAGCUGGAUCCGGAGACCCAGCAUACCCUGGAGGCCCAUUUUUUAAUCCUCUUGGAUUCGGAAAAGACGAGAAAUCCAUGAAAGAGCUCAAGUUAAAGGAGGUUAAGAAUGGGAGACUUGCUAUGUUGGCAAUAUUGGGUUACUUCAUCCAAGCUUUGGUCACAGGAGUUGGACCACUUCAAAACCUUCUGGACCAUUUGGCUGAUCCUGUUAACAACAAUGUCUUGACUAGCCUUAAGUUCCACUAGAACUCUGGAACUUAAACCCACAUUGUGAAUUUACCACCUUGUCAAUUUUAUCUCAUACUAGGAAGUGUGCCCAACUACCGCGGGCAUAUUUUCCACAAGUCUAUUUAGUUUGAAUUUGAGAAUAUUUAAAUAAUCUAUGUCAGUAAGUUAUGUCUUAA